AUGUCUAAUGAAAUAACUAAAAAUAAUUCAAUAGGAACAAUAUAUAUUUACUAAAACAAUUAUUUCAUUAAUUAAGGUAAGACAUUAGGAUAAGGCACUUUUAGAAAAGUUAAACUAGCUACACAUAAUUUAACAGGUGAAAAAGUGGCUAUAAAAAUAUUAGAAAAAUAGAAGAUAUGUUAUUAAUAUGAUAUUGAACGUGUUAAUAGAGAAAUAAGAAUACUACAGAAGGUACGCCAUCCAAAUUUAGUAUGAUUGUAUGAAGUAAUAUUUUUGAGUUCUUACUAGAUAAUAGAAACACCAAAAUAGUUAUUUCUAGUUAUGGAAUAAGUUGACGGAGGGGAACUUUUUGAUUUUAUUGUUUAAAAUUAACGUAUAAAAGAUGUUAAAGCAAUCAGAUUUUAUAGUUAGUUGAUAUCUGGAAUAGAAUAUAUGCAUAAAUUACAAAUUGUUUAUAGAGAUCUUAAACCUGAAAAUCUAAUAAUUGAAAGAAAAACAAAAAUUAAAAUUAUUGAUUUUGGCUUAUCUAAUUUUUAUAAUUAAGAUUAAUUAUUAAAAACAGCAUGUGGAUAACCUUGUUAUGCUGCUCCAGAAAUGAUUGCUGGUAAAAAAUAUAAUGGUUUAUAAAUUGAUAUAUGGAAUUCUGGUGUAAUAUUAUUUGCAAUGUUGGCAGGAUAUUUACGAGUUGAAGAUUAAAAUACAUCUUAAUUAUACAAAAAGAUAAUGACUGGAGAUUUUAAAUUCCCUAAGUAUAUAAAUAAGAAGCUAAAGAAUUAAUUAAGAAUAUAUUUAAUAUUGAUCCUUAUAAAAAUAUUCCAUUGCAGAUAUUCGUUAACAUUGUUGGUUUCAUUUUUGUAUUAAUUUAAUGUUAUAAAGUUAUAUUAAGACAAGUAAAAAAUUCCAACUGGACUCAUUGUUGGCUAACAUAAAAUAAAUGAUUCUCUUGUUGAUACAAAACCAAGAUUAAACAUUUCUGUCAAUAAUUAAAAUACCAUAUGGCAAUAAUAAUCACCUACUUUAAUUAAUUAAUCAGUUGAUGUGAAAAGAAAAGUUACUUUAGAUUUUCAGAAGACUACACUUUUUGAUGCUAGUUUAUUAUAAUAAUCUAAUGAUGUUAAGGUUUUGAAACUAAAGACUCCUAUUUGUAGAAAUUAUAUAUAUGCUGAGUAUUAUGGAAGAUUUAAAAAGAGAUCAAGAAAUUAAGAGAGAUAAAAAUCAUUGGAUUAGGAAUAAACAUACUUUUGAA